GGGGGCGUUGUCUGGGGGCGGGGCUCCAGCCUCCUCUUGGCGAGUCCCGGAUUUCCUAAGGCCGGCUGGGACCCUCUGGGCCUCCCGCCUCCGCGUCCCGGCCGGGAGACCCGGUGGACAUGGCCUCGGCCACUGUGGCUGCAGCACGACGGGGCCUUGGCCGGGUCCCGCCUCUCCUCUGUCGCAGCUACCAGACCGAGCGGGGCGUUUAUGGCUACCGGCCGAGGAAGCCCGAGAGACGCGAGGCCCUGGGCGCCCUGGAGAGCCCCCCAGCUGAUCAUGGUCUGGCCAGGUUGGUGACAGUAUAUCGUGAGCAUGGUCAUAAAGCUGCGAAAAUCAACCCCCUCUUCACUGGACAAGCCCUGCUGGAGAACGUGCCUGAAAUCCAAGCCCUGGUGCAGACGCUGCAGGGACCCUUCCACACGGCAGGAUUAUUGAACAUGGGGAAAGAAGAAGCCUCACUUGCAGAAGUGUUAGUCUAUCUCAAUCAAAUCUACUGUGGGCAGAUUUCUAUUGAAACCUCCCAACUUCAGAGCCAGGAGGAGAAAGACUGGUUUGGCAGCCGGUUUGAGGAAGUGCAAAGGGAGACAUUUACCACAGAAGAGCAGAAACAUCUGUCGAAACUAAUGCUGGAAUCUCAGGAGUUUGACCACUUUCUGGCCACCAAGUUCUCCACAGUGAAGCGAUAUGGAGGCGAAGGUGCUGAAAGCAUGAUGGGCUUUUUCCAUGAGCUGCUGAAGAUGUCAGCCUACAGUGGGAUCACUGAUGUCAUCAUUGGGAUGCCCCAUAGAGGGAGGCUGAAUUUAUUGACAGGCCUACUGCAGUUCCCGCCAGAGCUGAUGUUCCGCAAAAUGCGAGGCUUAAGUGAAUUUCCAGAGAAUUUCUCAGCCACUGGAGAUGUCCUGUCUCACCUGACCUCCUCUGUGGACCUGGACUUCGGGGCGCACCAUCCCCUCCACGUGACGAUGCUGCCCAAUCCCUCACACCUGGAGGCUGUCAACCCUGUGGCCGUGGGCAAAACUCGUGGCAGGCAGCAGUCACGCCAAGAUGGGGACUACUCUCCGGACAGCAUGGCCCAGCCGGGGGACAGAGUCAUUUGCUUACAGGUUCAUGGCGAUGCUUCUUUCUGUGGUCAAGGGAUUGUUCCUGAAACAUUCACGCUGUCCAAUCUCCCACAUUUCAGAAUUGGUGGGAGUGUACAUUUGAUUGUUAAUAACCAGCUGGGUUAUACCACUCCAGCCGAAAGAGGAAGGUCUUCUUUAUACUGCAGCGAUAUUGGGAAGCUUGUGGGCUGUGCCGUCAUCCACGUCAAUGGAGAUAGCCCAGAGGAAGUGGUCCGUGCCACGCGACUGGCUUUUGAAUAUCAACGCCAGUUCCGCAAGGAUGUGAUUAUUGAUCUGUUGUGCUACAGGCAGUGGGGCCACAACGAGCUGGAUGAGCCAUUCUUCACCAACCCCAUCAUGUACAAAAUCAUCAGAGCCCGAAAGAGCAUCCCAGACACAUACGCAGAGCACCUCAUUGCUGGCGGACUCAUGACGCAGGAGGAGGUGUCUGAAAUAAAAUCCUCCUACUAUGCAAAGUUGAAUGAUCACUUAACUAACAUGGCCCACUACAGCCCCCCUGCCCUUAACCUGCAGGCCCACUGGCAGGGCCUGGCUCAGCCGGAAGCGCACAUCACCACCUGGAGCACAGGUGUGCCCCUCGACCUCCUGCGGUUUGUUGGCAUGAAGUCUGUAGAGGUGCCGAGAGAGCUGCAGAUGCACAGUCACCUCCUGAAGACACAUGUUCAGUCCAGAAUGGAGAAGGUGAUGGAUGGAACCAAGCUAGACUGGGCCACAGCGGAAGCUCUUGCCUUGGGUUCUUUACUUGCUCAAGGUUUUAAUGUUCGUCUAAGUGGCCAAGAUGUUGGCCGUGGAACUUUCAGUCAAAGGCAUGCAAUGGUGGUUUGCCAGGAGACCGAUGACACCUACAUCCCCCUGAACCAUAUGGACCCGAAUCAGAGGGGGUUUCUAGAGGUCAGCAACAGCCCCCUGUCAGAAGAGGCCGUCCUGGGAUUCGAAUAUGGGAUGAGCAUUGAGAGUCCACAGUUACUGCCCCUGUGGGAGGCACAGUUUGGCGAUUUCUUCAAUGGUGCCCAGAUCAUCUUUGACACAUUCAUCUCCGGAGGUUGGUGUCUGUGUAUGGGGUGGGUACAGGUGGGGGUCCCCUCAUGGCCCCAGCCUCAUGGGGACAAACAGAUGUGUGACAGUGUGGAAGAGGGGGUGGACGGAGACACGGUGAACAUGUUUGUGGUUCACCCAACAACCCCUGCGCAGUACUUCCACUUGCUGAGAAGGCAGAUGGUCCGGAACUUCAGAAAGCCACUCAUUGUUGCUUCUCCUAAGAUGUUACUCAGACUCCCUGCAGCUGUGUCAGCUCUUCAAGAAAUGGCACCAGGAACAACAUUUAACCCGGUCAUUGGGGAUUCAUCUGUAGAUCCAAAAAAGGUUAAGACCCUUGUGUUCUGCUCUGGCAAACAUUUCUACUCCCUGAUGAAGCAAAGAGAAUCUCUGGGGGCCAAGAAGCAUGACUUUGCCAUCAUCCGAGUAGAGGAGCUCUGCCCCUUCCCAUUGGAUUCUUUACAGCAAGAGAUGAGCAAAUACAAACAUGUUAAAGAUCAUAUUUGGAGUCAGGAGGAGCCUCAGAACAUGGGUCCAUGGUCUUUUGUUUCUCCAAGAUUUGAAAAGCAGCUGGCCUGCAAGCUCCACCUGGUGGGCCGGCCCCCUUUGCCAGUGCCCGCUGUAGGAAUUGGCACUGUUCACUUGCAGCAGCAUGAAGAGAUCCUCGCCAAGACCUUUGCUUGAUGAUGACUUUUGAAGAAACACUAUUUGUCUUUAAGAAAACUGCUAUUAAGUCCAGAUGCAGUGGCGCUUGCCUGUAAUUUAAGCACUUUGGGAGUCUGAGGCGGGUGGAUUACCUGAGGUCAGGAGUUCAAGACCAGCAUGGCCAACACGGUGAAACCCCGUCUCUACUAAAAAUAUAAUAAAUAGCCGGGUGUGGUGGCAGGUGCCUGUGAUCCCAGCUUCCCAGGAGGCUGAGGCAGGAGAAUCGCUUGAACCCAGGAGGGGGAGAUUGCAGUGAGCUGAGAUCAUUCCAUUGCACUCCAACCUGGGGGACAGAGCAAGAAUCCGUCUCACAAAAAAAAAAAAAAAAAAAAAAACGGCCAUUAAAAGAGAGGCCUCCUUUCUCUGCUCUUUCCUGCUCUGUUGGGUAACAUGAAAAGAUUGUACUCCUGUAAGAUGUUGGGAUUGAUAUACAUGAUUUAAUCUGGAAUAGGUGUAACAACCAGGGGAACUGGUUAUGAAUACAUGAAUAUAACCACAAAUUUAUCCUUGAAAAUGUAAUAGUAGAAAUAGAAAAAAACCAAAAAAAUAACCACAAAAAAAGGGUGGGGGCCGGGUGUGGUGGCUCACACCUGCAAUCCCAGCACUGUGGGAGGCCACAGUGGGUAGAUCACCUGAGGUCAGGAAUUCAAGACCAGCCUGGCCAACAUGGUGAAACCCUGUUUCUACUAAAAAUACAAAAAUCAGCCUGGUGUGGUGGCGUGCACCUGUAGUCCCAGCUACUUGAGAGGCUGAGGCAGGAGAAUCGCUUGAACCUGGGAGGCGGAGGUUGCAGUGAGCCGAGAUGGUGCCAUUGCACUCCAGCCUGGGCGACAGAGCAAGACUCCAUCUCAAAAAAUAUAAAGAAAAGUAUGAUAGUGUUAUAGAUUGGUUAGCUCUGAGUGAGCUAGAAAACUAGGUCAUUAUCUAGAUUAUUUCAGACUUGACCCUAAUUGACCAUGUAUGACCAGGAAACCCUUCUGAGUUUACAGCUCCGUGGAGGUGACUUCAACACUGCCUCUUGGUUUGUUAGUUGCAUGUCACUUUCAUUAAUUUUCCCUCUCCUUUUUAAAAGUCCUGUGGCAGUACUACUAUUUUCAUUUUAUGUAAUCUGGAGGCUGCUGCUUUCCAGCCGCUGCAUAAAGUAUCUCCCCUAACACUAGCAAUUCUCGGUCCUAUUAAAUACAAGUCUCUGGGUGGAUGAUCUUCUAGUACUAUAUUUUUAAAUUAAGGAGUUUUAGUUAUAAUGAAAUUGAUUUGUGCCUAUUUUACCAUAAACUUUUUUUCUUUUGAAUUGUUCUUGCAGUGAUAUCUUACUAUUUUUAACUGACUUGGGUGUCUGAGAUGGGGAUUUCAGCCCGUGGUUAAUCAGAAUUGCCUCUACAAGUCCCUGCUGCAGUAUGUUUAUUUGUGGUGUUUAAAGAAUAUUUCCUGGCUUGAUGCCAUGGCUCACUCUUAUAAUCCCAGCACUUUGGGAGACCGAGGGCAGGUGGAUCAUUUGAAGUUAGGAGUUUGAGACCAGCCUGGCCAACAUAGCGAAACUCCGUCUCUA